AUGCUGUCACGGAUGGCGGUGUGUGCGCGGCUCUGUGGAGCAGGUCAGUCGCGGCGGUGCAGGCGGCGGCAGAGGCACAGCCAGGCUGACCAGGACAGCGACUCCGAGAUGGACAUGGACGACGAGGAGGAAGAGGAGAGGAUCGUGGGCAGGAGCGUCAGCCGGAGCAGCAGCUGUCAUAACAGCGGGCCUAGCGGAGCCGCGGGACUCGGCUCUGGGGACUCGGCCUCUGCAGGACCGCCGCGCCCGCAGUCACUGCUGGAUCUGCCGCCGGAGCUCCUGGUGGAGAUCUGCUCUUCUCUGCCCGGCACAGCGCUGCCCAACCUGGCGCUGGUGUGCAAGAAAUUCAGGCAGAUCCUGAACACAGAAACAAUCUGGAGGAGGAGAUGUACAGAGGAAUUUGGGAUGAGUGAUGACCUGCGGAAGAUGGAGAUCGUGGGUAUGUCGAGCCGAGAUCUGUAUGUGAAACGUGUGAACCCGCAGGUGAAGUCGGGACGCUUUAUGAAGCUCCUCCCUGAUUAUGAGCAUAUGGACUAUCGGGACGUGUACACACACUUGCUGCAUCCCUAUAGACACAUCCUGGGUCUCUGGCAGCCUGAUAUCGGGCCCUAUGGAGGACUGCUGAAUGUGGUGGUUGACGGGCUGUUCAUCAUAGGCUGGAUGUAUUUACCGCCCCAUGAUCCCCGUGUGGAAGACCCCAUGCGCAGACGGCCGCUCUUCCGCAUACAUUUGUGGGAGAAAAACAAAGCCACCAUUGAAUGUAUGUAUGGACACAAGGGCCCUCACAAAGGAGACAUUCAGACUGUGAAGAAAGAUGAAUUUUCCACCAAAUGCAACCAGACGGAUCACCAUCGAAUGCCUGGAGGAAGGCAAGAGGAGUUCAGAACGUGGCUACAGGAGGAAUGGGGAAGAACACUGGAGGACAUUUUCCACGAGCACAUGCAGGAGUUGAUCCUCAUGAAGUUCAUUUACACCAGCCAGUACGAUAAUUGCCUGACGUACCGGCGGAUUUAUCUGCCCCCGUGCCUCCCUUCAGACCUCCUGAAGCCUGGGCUCUUCAAAGGGACGUACGGCAGUCACGGCCUGGAGAUCAUCAUGCUGAGCUUCCACGAGGCCAAGGCCAAAGCCACCAAACUCACCGGUGACCCAAAUGUCCCAGCAGGUCAGCUGACGUUAGAGAUAGACCUGAACUGUCCGGUGCGUCUGCCCGACCUGGAGCACCAGCGGAGCAUGGAAGAGCUCUCUCGCCUGGUGCUGGGGGUGCAUGAGGAGGCCCAGAGGGGUUUACAGGCCCGGGACGCCCCAUCAGAGGCUGCAGAGGCGCCCUCCCCUCAGGGGGCGGAGGACGUGGAGCCGGGAGCUGCUGCCUGCAGCCACACGUCUGAAGCGCAGCCGUUUGUGCUGCCUCUGGGAGUCAUGACUCGUAAUGAAGAGUAUCCUCGCACCUGCAAGAAGUGUUUUUAUGGCACAGGCCUGAUCGCUGGCCACGGCUUCACGAGUCCAGAGCGCACGCCGGGGCUGUUCGUCCUGUUCGAUGACGACCGCUUUGGCUUCAUCUGGCUGGAGCUCAAGUCCUUCAGUCUGUACAGUCGGCUGACCGACCAGCUGUCCCACGCUCAGGCCCCCAGCAUGGAGCGCUUCGAGGCCAUGCUCCGCAACAUGCAGUCAUGGACAUCCUGAUAGCAAACCUCAAACUAGUGUUCACAGCAGACACAUCCUCUGGUAUUGCACACACACACACACACACAGCACUCUGCUCGCAUCCGCACAGGUGUAUGUAAGCCACAUACCCAUACGUUUGUAUUACAUUAGGCCUUUCUUAUCAGCUUUUUAAUUAAUUUAUUUUUGUAACCUUCAAAUGGUGACGGAGAUGACGACAAUGUGCCCAUAAACUCAGCUGAGCGUGCCUCUCUUACCAAGAUGCUUCAAACUCUCAAAUCCUGUGGUUUUGUGCUUUAAAAUCUUUUAUAGAAGCGUUUGUCCUUUUUUUGAAGCAGUUGCUUUUAAUUGAUUUUAUUCAGUUAUUUAUUAUUGUAUCUCUAUUUGUAAAAAUUCCACACCAUAUGUGGAAAUGCUUUCAUUUUCUUUUCUGCCAGUGCUCACUGAAAACGAAUGACUUCCAGCUGCUUUGUUGCUGCAGAUGUCAUUUUUAUCUCUCCCUAUUGUGUCCAUUAAUAAGUGCCAUAACACUAAAAAAAGCUCAAGUUUCUUAUUUAAAGGAAUAGUUCACACAAACAUCAACAUUAGCUGAAAAUGCCCUCAUCCUCAGGCCAUUCAAGAUGUAGAUGAGUUUGUUUCUUCAUCAGAUUUGGAGAAAUGUAGCAUUGCAUCACUUGCUCACCAAUGGAUCCUCUGCAGUGAAUGGGUGCCGUCAGAAUGAGAGUCCAAACUGGUUUAAAAUUUGACAAACAUGCAGCUUUUCGCUUUAUAAUAUAUUAAUAAAAUCCUAAUCUGUUCUGAUGAAGAAACUAACUCAUCUAUAACUUAGAUGGCCUGAGGCUGAGGGAAUUUUCAGCUCAUUUUCAUGGCUUUAAUUUAUAUCUACUCUACUGUUAAAAUGGCAAGUGAACAGCUAAUUGGUUAUCAAUCAAAUUUACUGGAUUCUGUUCAUCUAGCUGUGCAGCUCUCUUCCAAGUGCUCUUCCCAACACAGUGUAGACGUUUAUCGGAGACAGAAUUCCUCCGGCUAUACUUUUGUAUUUGACUGCAGCAUUACUAGCAUUUGAAAAACAAAAAAAAAAAAAUCAGUUUAAUGUAAAGUGAAUAUAUAUAUAAAUGCAUUGAAAAGAUUUAUCAGUAUAUUUCAGCUUUGUUUUAGGGAUGAUUGUGUAUAUGAUCGAUGAACUCAUUUAAGUAUAUCGCCUGUGUUUACAACCUCUGAGUUGAGUUGCAAGUGUUUUAAGUGUAAUGUUCUCCUAGAGUUGGCCGCUUACGUGGACUGAUAUAUUACAACUACUGAUUUUAUUCCAAAGAAGAUUUCAUUUCAGCUGUUUACAUGGACUCCUAUUUGAAUCAUUAUUUCAACUUUUUGUGCAAAUGUAUGCCAAACCUGACAGUUAACUAUUUUACUGUUCUAUUUUACUUCAUUUUCCAAUGAAUCACGUCAAGAUCUCUCCCUGUUUUUCCUGUUCAGUGUUCUGAUUCAAUUCAAGUCUAUAAUUUCCCUCCAUCUUAAAGGAAUAGUUCACCCAAAAAAUUCAAAUAUACUCACCCUUAGGUUAUCUUAAGAUGUUGAUGAGUUUCUUCAUAUGAACAGAUUUGGAGAAAUGUAGCAUCACAUCACUUGCUCAUUAGUGGAUCCUCUGCAGUGAAUGGGUGCCGUCAGAAUGAGAGUCCAAACAGCUGAUUAAACAUCACAAUAAUCCACACCACUCCAGUCCAUCAGUUAAUGUCUUGUGAAGCCAAAAGCUGUGUGUUCUCAUUCUGACGGCACCCAUUCACUGCAGAGGAUCCACUGAUGAGCAAGUGAUGUGAUGCUACAUUUCUCCAAAUCUGUUCAGAUGAAGAAACAAACUCAUCUACAUCUCAAUCAGGUUCCUGAUUCAUUGAUUGACAGAUGCUUUUAGGUUGACUUCAAGUCAAGUCUCUCUCCAUUAUUUAUCCAUAAUGAUAAUUUAGCAAAGCACUGUGCCUAAAACUAACUAACUUAAAACUAAAAUUAAUUUUAAUUUUUUUUUUUUUUUUUUGUAGGUGUACAUUUGAUGUGAUUCUGGUAUUUCAAAAACAAAACCGUAUUUAUUUGUCAAUUCCUAAAUCAGAAUAUUGUCAAUAGUUGAAUUAUUGUCGUCCGUGUAUGUUUGCCAGUUAGAAAACCUCAAAGCGCAAAUUCGUGACUAGUAUGCACCCUGUUGCAUUCAAAUUCAGGGAGGUUUGCUGCUUUAGCCUUCGUUUGUUCUCAAUAAAAUGGAGGAAAAACA